AAAUUUGUGAUAAAAGUUCUUUAUUUUGUCUCAUAAUGGAUAUAACUAAGAACACGCGGGAGAAUGCUGUGGGAGAGUGCCAAUUAACGAUCAGAUUGCUGGAAAUGUUGCAAAGAACGAAAUACGAAUUGGUGCAAGAAAAUGGACAACGCCGCUUAACUGCUCCAGAAAUCAUUCGUGGCGAGAAGCAACGCGUGAAAGGUGCUGAAAUUUUUCUUGGCCGUCUUCCGCGAGAUUGUUACGAGGACGAAUUAAUGCCGAUGCUGGAAACGGUCGGUCGUUUGAUCGAAUUACGAUUGAUGCUCGAUUUUUCUGGAUCAACUCGCGGAUAUGCAUUUGCCUUGUUUGAAAAUUCAAAAAUAGCAAGAAGCGCGUGCGCAAAACUUGACGGUUACGAAAUUAGACAUGGACAUCGUAUCGGCGUCGUUAAAUCGGUUGAUAAUUGUCGAUUGUUCUUCGGUGGUGUACCUAAGAACAAAUGCAAGGAAGAAUUUAUGCAAGAGUUGAAUAAGAUUCUUGAGGGCAUCACUGAUAUCUAUCUGUAUCCAAGUGCACAUGACAAGACGCUGAAUCGUGGUUUCAUAUUCGUCGAAUUCAAAGAUCAUAGAGCAGCCGCGAUGGCAAGACGAAAAUUAAUACCUGGAAGAGUCAUGUUAUGGGACCAUGAAAUCGCGGUUGAUUGGGCCGACCCUGAACCUGGUGAUCCUAUCGACGAAGAAGUUAUGGAAAAUGUUACUGCUUUAUUUGUACGAAAUCUAUCUUUGAACAUGUCACAACAAAAAAUUCGAGAUAUCUUUCAGAAAAAUACAAAAAUUCCUAUCUUAAAAUUAAAGAAAAUUAAUCAUUUCGCGUUCGUACAUUAUGAAAAUCGUAAAGCAGCACAGAGUGUAAUGGACAUUAUGACAAGACAUAAUGGCGUCGCUGAGGCUGAAGGAUGGGAAAUACGUUGGGCAAAACCAAUCGGAGCCACAAAAGUCUUAGAAAGACAACGAUGUAUCAACGAAGCUCUAGCAAAUGCAAACUCACGUAAUCUCGAACCAAGUUACGUUAAACGCACACCAGUGAAAAAGUCUAAUCUUAAGAAUAUCGUGGACAUGAACGCCAACAAUAUACUCGAUAUAACCUCAAUACACACAACUGCUUUACAAAACUUCAUUAGAGAAAAGUUUGGCGGUACUUGUUACUUUAACUGUUUGCGCGUAGCGAAUGGGUCCACUUUUAUGUGUAAAAUAACUAUUGUUAGACAAGCCCUUAUUCUGUUCGAAUAUCACGGAGAAUCAAUGCCAACGAAGCAAAACGCUAUUGUUGCUGCGUGCACAAAGAUGUAUCAACUCAUAGCUUCUACGUUCCAGGAUCUCGUGCUACAGGAAAAUGAGCACUAUUGCAUGGAACAAAAGCUAGGCAUUGAUCCUGUGGUUGGGUCGCCAGUCAGCUGGAAUAGGGAAAUACAUUAUAAUUAAACAAAUUACUUUCAUUGAAUGAUUUUUAU